UCGCUCCCGCCCUUCGCCAGGGGCAAUCCUGAAGCCACCACCACCAUAGGACUCGACGGUGAGUGGCAUGAGAGUAUAUUAGUUAUCGCUCGUGCUGGGUGUGGGAAGUAGCAUCUUUCUAGCCGCUUCCAGCAAUACCUUGAUAGAGUCUCCUGGCAACCUUGUCCUCUGUGAACCCAAUUAAUUAAUGGGCUUUAUAUCGAUGCUCGAUGAUGCGGCAUUGCUUGCCAGUACUGUUGCUCAUAGUGCAAGUCUCAACAACGGGUGCAUGGUGUUUCAGUGCAAUGCUCCGAUCAUGGGAAAUAUGUGAACGAGGCCUAAAUCUCGCCGAAAGAGUCAAGUUGCCCUCAACUCGUCUCGGCCAAGGAGGUUCCACUCCAGAAGAGAGGACUGAGCCUGCAUUUCGGUUCUUCAACUUCUGUUGCCAUGUUAUGCAUCAUACUGAUCGCGGAUCAAUAAAUAGCCUUUCAGAUGAAGACUUUAGUAGAGACGGACCUCAAUGGUAACUCAUCAAUGAGUACUGGCCGAGGUGAGUGACACAUCCUUCUGCUUCCA